GGGGAGAACAUGGCGGAAGUUGAGAGACGUCAGCGCGGAGAGAAAGAGGAGCAGCGCGCGGAGUAACGGGAUGUGAAGAGGGAGAGAGGGAGAGAGAGAGAGAGAGACUCCGGGAUGGCGGACGAAACCCUGACGCUGUUAAUCAAGCUGCUCGCCGCGGCUUUUUACGGCGUCAGUUCUUUCCUCAUAGUUGUGAUCAACAAAAGCGUGCUGACUAACUACAGGUUUCCUUCAUCCAUAUGUCUCGGCAUCGGGCAGAUGUUGGCCACAGUCUUGGUGCUGUGGGCUGGAAAGGCUCUGCGGGUGAUUACUUUCCCUGGCUGGGAGCUUAACAUCCUCAGUAAGACCUUUCCUCUACCUCUUCUAUAUGUUGGCAAUCAAGUAACCGGACUGUUUGGAACAAAAAGACUGAAUUUGCCAAUGUUUACAGUGUUGAGGAGGUUCUCCAUUCUCUUCACAAUGCUUGCUGAGGGCUUUUUGUUAAAGAAGACAUUCUCAUGGCCCGUUCAACUCACUGUAUUCACAAUGAUCUUUGGGGCUUUUGUGGCUGCAAGUGCCGACUUGUCCUUUGACCUGCAGGGCUAUGUAUUCAUCUUAAUGAAUGACGUCUUAACUGCUGCUAAUGGAGCCUUUGUAAAACAGAAGCUGGACUCUAAGGAGCUGGGAAAGUAUGGUCUACUCUAUUACAACGCUUUAUUUAUGAUCCUGCCUACACUCCUUUUGGCACACGUAACUGGAGACAUGGACAAGGCCCUGGAAUACGAGGGCUGGUCAGAUGCGCUCUUUGUGGGACAGUUCGUCAUGUCUUGCAUAAUGGGGUUUAUCUUGAUGUACUCCACCGUGCUCUGCACUCAGUACAACUCAGCAUUAACGACUACCAUAGUUGGCUGCCUGAAAAAUAUAUUAGUGACUUAUAUUGGAAUGGUGUUUGGAGGGGAUUAUAUUUUCUCCUGGACUAACUUCAUAGGUCUGAAUAUCAGUAUUGCUGGUAGUCUGGUGUACUCGUACAUAACGUUCACGGAGGAACAGAGCAGCAAACAGGGCGAGAGCAUCAACAAGCUGGAGGUGAAGGGGAAAGUGGCUGUAUGAGCAGCGCUUCAGCUCAAAGCAUCGAGGAAACCGUAUCAUUUAGUGUUUUAACUUCGGGUGACCCAGAAUGUGAAGAGCAACCACGUCAGGGCCGAUGUACAAACAUCACCUAUGAACUGAACAUGAAAAGACACGUCAAGCUGCCAAGUGUGUUAUGAUGUCAUUGCAAAAGAAAGACGACUUUGGAGGUGUUGAUUAUUUAUCCUCCAGCUUGAGCUCUCAGAGUUUAAUUUUUUUUAACAUAUGUUUAUGGGAGAUCUAGACUGUAUUUUGAAACGAUCCUGGCAUGUUUCUUUUUUUUUUGGGUACUCUCAACUUGAAUUUCUAUAUUUUCUUAUCAAACUAAACAAUAUGAAUUGUCAUUUAUAUGGCAAUAUUAUGCCAUUUUUGUUUUUGUUUCCAUGAAUGUGCCAUAUUCUUGCUAUUUUAUGUUAGCAUUUUAUGUUAGUAGAGGCUUAUUAUGUUACGUUUUAUGUUGUUGUUUUUCUCAGUAUUAGAAAUGUCUGUGUAGACAUUCCACCUGCUAGGAUCAUGUAGUAACUUGUUUUUGUGCUCUGCUGUGCUGUUUUUCUUCUAAAGUGAACAAUCCGAUACUUGCACUUUAAACAGGUCACAGGUACUUUUUUUGUAAUGAACAAUGAGGAAACGUUUACUGUAGGUUAGUGAAAACUUAACAAAGAUUUUCCAUUGUUUUUAAAACUGCAUUUAGGUGAUGAGAGGAAAAAGAGAAGAUGUAUGUCCUACGUACAUCAGCGUUAAUAUCAUUGGUACUUUUUGACCGAGUCAAAAUGUGAAGACAAGUUCAGUCAGUGCUAUCUAGAUGUUAUACAUCUGGAAUCCUCUGUAAUUUGGCUGUAUCCAGUCCAUAUAUUUUUGCCUGCAUGCAAGACACAUAGACAUUAAAACAUUUAUCACACAGUUGAAUUUUUUUUCUCAGAUUUCAAGCUUAAGGAAGUUAUAGCUAUAGAUGUCUUUGUUCAUUUUGUGUUCCUUUUUGGUUAUUUUUAAAGAUCCUCACAGUGCACUGAAAGCAUUGAGACAUGGACACAGCUUGUAUUUACCCUUUGUAUUUAUCCAUUAGACAUUAUUUGUAUGUUUUCUUUUUUACUGCUUUUUUUAUUUUGUUCAUAUCAACAAGAGCUCAGUGAUUGUAGCAGUGCAGAACUGAGCUUGCAUGUAUGUUAUUAAAAUACCUCAGUUUUCCACUGGUUGGAUUUA